GGAAAUUCACUAUUCUCACGGUUUGCUCCUCCACAAUCUCUCCCGAUCUUGAUUAUAUCCUCCAUUUAUAUUCUUCCCAUCCCUACAACUUCAUCAAUCUACAAACCCAGGUAGCAACAAAAAGAACAAGAACGCCACCUACCAUCUUCCAUUAUUUCAUCAAUAAUGCCUUCUCAAUGGGAUCAUGUAGCCGACAAGGAUUUGUUGUUAGCUAUCAUUGAAGCAAACAAUCUCAAGGCUAUUGAAUGGUCCACAAUUGCCCAUGAGCUCCAGAGAAAAGGCCAUCCUUUUAACAAUGAGGGUUGCAGGCAACAUUUCCAGAAGAUUAGAAAAGAAUCGCGCACCAGCUCUCCUUCUGCUUCCGCCAGCACUAUUCCUGUUGCUACUUCUGCCAAGAAACGCAAGUCCAAGGCUGCUUCUAUUGAGGAGGGACAAGAGGAUGAUGAUGAGGAAGCACCCUUAAAGAUUCAAUCGAAGCGGGUCAAGAAAGAAAGCGAUAAUCAAUCUGCCGCUCAGUUAGGAGUCGAGACUGAGGAGUGAUUAUGGACCAUGAUCUUCUAACCGAGAUGCCGACGAUCGAAUAGUCUGGAUAAUGCUUGGUUCAGGGUGAAUAUUCUCUAGCUGCACAUUCCAUGAUAGCAAGGACGGAGAAGAUUGGGUUUUGCAUAUUAGAUAUCGAGGGCGGGGCAACAUAACAACUCAUAGUCUGUAUGACCUCACUUGGUUCCAGAUAGUUGAGCUCUCUUAAGUCGGUGACGGAGAGUUGGAGGGGUAGUUUUUCUGCAAAUAGCAUUUUACCGCGAUGGCGGACAUUGACCUUAUCGCUUAAAGUUUGUCUUAAUUUAUGGAAAAAUGAAGAAAAUCUAGCAUGCUCAGAGA